AUGUCGUCGUACGUGGAGAGGAAGGCUGUGAAGAUGAGUAAGAAGCAAGCUGCUGAGUACGUCGAACAUAACAAGCUAUACAUCAGCCGCAUCUAUCCUAACGGCACGCGCACCGACUCCAGUAACUUCGACCCCGUGCCUCUGUGGAACACAGGCUGCCAGAUAGUGGCGUUAAACUACCAGACUUCCGGAGAACCGAUGCAGCUGAACAAGGGAAAGUUCCUGGAUAAUGGCGGAUGUGGCUACGUCCGAAAGCCUCAGUAUCUCCUAGACCGGAAGCUGAUGUUUGACCCGACACUUCCGGGAUCGCACGUAGGCGGAUCUAAGACACUUACGAUCCGGGUGAUCAGUGCUCAGAGUCUACCUAAGCCGAAGAGUUCGCUAUCGGGAGAAGUGAUCGAUCCGUACGUGCAGAUACGGAUCCACGGCGGAGCAGCUGACGCCCCCAAAGUCAAGACAAAGGUCAUCGACGACAACGGCUUCAACCCGAUAUGGAACGAAGAGUUCAAGUUUCGUCUGCUGUUGCCGGAGCUGGCACUCGUUCAAUUUUCAGUCUAUGACAAAGAUGCGGGUUUCAAAGAUUUCAUCGGACAGUACACGCUUCCCUUCAAGUAUCUAGCCCAGGGCUAUCGUCACGUGACGUUGGAGAACUGGGAAGGCGAACCGAUGCCGCUAUCAACGCUGUUCGUAUAUGUCUCAACGCGCUCCGAGAAAAGCUAUGGCUAACAACACACA